ACGUUACUCUGCACGCAUUAAAGAUGGCAGCGCCAGUGAGUGAGGGAAGCAGUGUGUGUGUUAGCUGGAGUGACAGUCCUGAGCUCGGGCUGUAGAGGCUGCGGCGGCUCCGCGGGGAGGCUGGUUCUGUGUGUGGAGUUAUUUUAUAGCUGAGCGGUGAGGAGGAGAUGUGAGGCGGGGCUCGGGCUGGGCGAGUAAAGCUGCAGUUACUCUGACGGCUAACCUAGCUAGCAUUACUGAGUGUAGCUAAGCUAAGCUAAACUAAGCUAGCCUAGCUAACUAUCAGCUUAGCCAGGCUGAGUGACCUUCCACUCCUACACACACUGAGCUCUGGAGGAAACCUGCUGCCCACACCUGCUUCUGUCACUGCAGCCCUGCGAGGUUAGCUAUAGCUGCCUUAUAUCCACCCCGUGUUUAUUACUGGAGACGAAGUUUAAUAAUAGCUGCUGUGCUUUUAUAGCUAAAUAACUAGCUUAGCUUAGCUAACUUAGCAAAUACACCUGCUGCAGUACUGGCUAGUUACUGGCAAAACUAGUUAACGUUAGCUAACUAGCUAACAAUUUAAAAUACAUUAAUUUAUUUAUCUAAAUGUUUAUAACAUUUAGUUUAAUAGGUGAAGGCAGUUAAAAAAGUUUCCAUCUUUUUAAGUAACCUAUCUUAACUAACCUUAGCUAGUUAACCAGGGCUACAGCUAAUGAUUAGCUAUUUUGUUAGUCGACUAAUCUGUCGAUUAUUUGUCUGAUGAGUCGAUUAGUCAACGAUUAUUUCUGCAAUGCUCUACAUCUAGUUGUUUCUAGCUUUCUCUAUUGCUUCAAAACGAUAUAAACAUCUUGCUUCAGCUAAACUCGCUAGUAGUUUAUGCUGACCACUUUAGUUAAAUAUAUUUAUUUAUCUAGCUAGCUAGCUUGUUAAUUUAACUCUACCUAUAAAACAGGUGAAGGCAGUUGGAGACGUUUCCAGCUAAUUAGCUACCCCUAAACAAGUCACUAAAUUAGCCAAUUAUUUUUCCGAUUAAUCAAUUAGUCACCAAUUAUUUCUCUCAUACAUGGGAAUGUUUUGUUUUUUUUAAAUAAUUAUUUAUCGAUUAGUCGACACUGAAAUUUUAUAGUUGAUUUAUAUUGUUUUAAUGAAUCAUUGCAGACAUAAACUUAACUAGCUAAUUAACUAAAGAGUGGGUUGUGGUGGUAGCUGAUAGUUUGAUACUUGAGACACAUUUAUUUAUUUUUGUUUUUUUGAGUAACCAAGAUAUCUAACCUAAUUUUUAUAUUGCACUACAUAGCUGGCUACCAUGAAAUAAGGGAAACCAGGCUCAGAAGACCUCUGAAGAACAUUUCACACUCUUGCAGCUUCUUUGUACACAACAACAAGGUCCGAAUCUUAAGAAGAGAUUAAACCUUGCCAUCAGGUUUCUUUUCUCUUUUCGUGAGUAGAAUGACCUCCCGAGCUUUGAGGACUUUUCUCUGCUCUGGAAACUCAGUGGUGACUAUAUUAAGUGGAAGCUACUGCAGUCGCCUUUAUCUCCACCAGACAGCUGUGUGUAGAGUUGCCCAUCAGGCUGGAUCUGGGUUCAAACCGUCAAAAGUUGCAGUUGUGACGAAAACCACGAGGUAUGAAUUUGAGCAGCAGAGGUAUCUUUAUGCAGGACUGUCAGAAGAGGAUCUGGAACAUCUGCUUGCCCUGAAGGGAUCCAGCUACAGUGGGCUUUUGGAGAGACACAACAUACACACCCAUAAUGUUAGACAGAUUGUGGACAAUCUGCAAAAAGAAGGGGUUGAGGUCCGUGUUGUUAAAAGAGGGGCAUACGAUGAAGACACUGUCAGAUGGGCUGAUGCCAUCGUAUCUGCUGGAGGCGAUGGCACAAUGCUGUUAGUUGCCAGCAAAGUGUUUGAUAAGAACAAACCUGUAAUAGGAGUCAAUACUGACCCAGAAAGGUCAGAGGGUCACUUGUGCUUACCCGUGCACUAUACACAAUCAUUCUCUGAAGCAUUACAUAAACUCAGGAAAGGAGACUUCAGGUGGCAGUGGCGCCAGCGGAUCCGGAUGCACUUAGAGGGAACUGGAAUUAAUCCCACUCCAGUGGACCUGCACGAGCAGCAGCUUAGUUUAGAGCAGCACAACAAGGCUCAUCGCAGUACCACAGAGUCCCAGCGCAGUACAACACAUGACGGCUACACGCCACACCUUCUGCCAGUCAGAGGGCUUAAUGAGAUCUUCAUCGGAGAGUCGCUCUCCUCCAGGGCUUCCUACUAUGAGAUCUCCAUUGAUGAUGGCCCGUGGGAGAAGCAAAAGAGUUCGGGGCUCAGUAUCUGCACUGGAACCGGAUCCAAAGCGUGGUCGUAUAAUAUUAAUAAAUUGGUGGAUCAAGCUGUGGAGGAUGUCCUUAGAAUAGGUAAAACCAAAACGGGUUUGGAUUUUCCACUGGACCAGCAGGUCAUUGAGAGUGUAACGAAGGCGUACAAUGAGUCUCUCAUCUUCAGUCCGGAGGAAAACAGGGUUUUCUUCAGCGUCAGAGAGCCCAUCGUCAAUAGAGUAUUUUCUAAUAGUCGCCAAAGAGGUUUUGCAAGCAAGGUAUGUGUCCGCUCGAGGUGCUGGGAUGCUUGCAUGGUGGUAGACGGAGGAACAUCCUUCGAGUUCAACGAUGGUGCUAUCGCAACCAUCAGCUUACACGAAGAAGACCUGCUACGAACAAUUAUUCUUGAUGACUGAACGGAUGGUUACUGACCCAGAGCACUAUUUCUACUGCACUGGACCUGAAUCACUUAUCUUUCAAGCCCGGAUUGGAGGUGAACACUGACACGAGGUCAAACGUUAAAGCACAUUACUGUUGCAGUGGGUUUCUCCGGCCGGAGGCUUAAGCAGCUUUGUUAGAGAUGACAGGUUUGACAGAAAAUGAACUUUUAAACAGUUUUACAGCUACAGUCUUUUUUAAGUACAAUUUAAUGAGGAUUCAGAGUAAAGUUCACACAUUCACUCACUCCAGCAGUAUUUUCUAAUAUGUUACUUGAAGAGAUCUGAUAUGAAUUGGACUUCUUUCCAUGCGUUCACACUGGCAAGGAACAGAGCAACAAGUGGAUGUUUUUGGAUGAGUUUUUUUUUAUUGGAAGAUGGGAAGUGUAGCCGCCAUUUGGCAAAAAAGCAGCAAACGACAAAUCGAGUUCAGAUUAUUUAUGAUUGAUGGAGCAACAUUCUACACUGAUUGGCCAAAUUCUUCAGAUGAAUCACAGACACUUUUUCCUUUCAAGUUUUAUAUGAUUUACCUUUGCACAAAUACAAGGACAAUUUAGAGAGAAAUGAGGUGUGGUAUAAAGUAGCAGAGAUGUUUUGAUUUGUAGCUUGCUAGAUAAAUAUGGUCCAUGCUUACUGCAAGUGCUGAUACAUGACCAUUACUUGGAGCAACAUGAGCGACUGGUUGCUUGCCAGCGUGAACGCAAGGUGAUCAGUUACUAUUUCUGCAACUGUUGUAAAAUUAAUUUUCAUCCUAAAACAGCCUAUGAAUGUAGCCUGUUCCAGUUCUUUUACAAUAAUGCUCAUGUUUGCCCAAAUUACAGACCUUACACAAAGGUAAAUCUAUAUUUAAAAAAAGAAAAGAAAAAGGUCACUUUGGAUUAUAAAUCCUUUACACUGAGCACUUACGCUUACGCAGGUUUAAAUCACCAGUCUGUGCCAAGCUUAAAAUAAUCACGGGAGACGCCCAUCUGAAUUAUUGUUCAUCUACACCAAUCAGUGGUCAUAAAUUAUUAAAUUCUUCAGUAUGAUCCAAGAUGCGCAGUGUUCUGUUGGCUGCUUGAAGCAUUACGAAAUUGUACAGUUUACAAGAAACAAGCCAAAUGCAUUUUGCUUAAAGAGGGGAAAAACACUGGAAUGUCCAAUUGUGUUUUUGGUUUCUUCAUUAAAAUGAUCAUCAAAUGUGAAA